AUGACUAGAAUAAGUAAUGCUGAGCCUCAAAAGAAAUUUCGGUGGUGGAAAAAGGCCAAAGAAGGAGAUAACUACCUGCCCUCGUACCAUUUGUUACAUGGAGUUUGUCCUAAAUCUACCGAAACGAUUAAGUAUGUGCCAGGUUGCCCAACAACCGAGGAGGCUUGGAAAGAAAGAGAGGAACAAAAACGGUGUGAGGAUGUGGAACAGGACUGUGUUACUAAGGAGAGAUUUGUUUAUCACUGUGCUGUCAAUGAAUGGAGGAAUGUUACACUAGAAGUCUGUGCACCUUUACGAAUUAUAUUUGGUCGUUGUGUGGAAUACAAUGUGCUUGGAAAAAGAAUUCAAUUCAACAGAGAGCGAUGCACUACCUUUUGGAAACCAUGUCCAGAACAUUACCAGUCUAAUGAUGUGUAUCUUUAUCCUGAAUGCUUCAAGACAAUUAUGACAUACACGUCACAUUUGAUAAAUCAUAGGCAUGAAAAACAUAAAAACGACAGGCAAAGGGAAAUAAAAGUUAAGGAAGUACAACUGGUAGAAUUUUCUGAAGGAAAUAUAAAUUCAAAGGAAGACACAAACAGAACGAACAAUGGAGAAAGAAAAUACACGGAUCUGUCAUUGUUGUCAUUGAACGUCCUAACAGCUCUUCUUCUCACUCGUUGGUGUGAAAUGGAUAAACUGUGA